CACGGUAGAGUCUGGCUUGCGGGCGGGAGGCGUGACUCCGGCGCAGCAGCCGGGCACCGAAGGAGUCUCACUGCAGAGGUACUGCAGCUGCCCUGCUCGCACCAUGCGCGUCUCCGGCUCCGGGGCGGGCUCCAUGCGGCUGCAGCUGCUGCUCUCCCUGGCUGCUCUGUGGCUGUCGGAGGCUAACGAACCAGGUACAGCUAUGACAACACGAGAUAUCAAUCAGCAAACUCGAGAGAGCAUUUCAGAUUAUACCGUAAAGGGACAUGACUUACCUACCCCUGGUUCACAUCUCAGCACACAAGAUUUUAAUCAGCAGACUGAGGAGAAUAUAUCUAAUCUCACAUCAGCGGUGUAUAGCAAAUCCAUAGAUGGGUUUUCCAGUGCUCCAGUGGAGGAAAAUGUCAUAUUAUAUAAUCCAGCUAACAUUGCACUCUUGUGUAGCUUGACUAGAGCAUCCACUGAUUCAGCAACUGUUGAAGUGACGUGGAAGAAGGAUAAUGAAAGAGUUGAAAGUAGCAAUGUCACCAUUAAUGAAACGCAAAAUGUCUGGAGUACUCAAUAUACGUUGAAGAUCAGAGAUAGAAACCAAAUGGGAAAUUACACUUGUGUUUUUAAAAGUGACCAAGAAGUUAAUGCCACAUUUCAUUUACAAGUACCUCAGAUGGAAGGAAAAGAGCAUCGUGUAGUCAGUUAUGUAGGAGAUACUGUUGUCCUGGUAUGUAAAAGUCUCAAAUAUAUUCCCAUCAACUGGAUCUGGUACAUGAGUAAUGGAAGUGACCAGGUUGCUAUUAAUGAUUCUUUGAUGCCAGAUAAAUAUAUAGUCGAUGAAAAAUAUGCCAACAUAACGAAACUCAAGAUUCUGAAGAUCUCAGAGAAAGAUGAUAGAUCAUACUGGUGCCAAACUGUAUUUAAACUAGGAGAGAGCAAAGGAAAAGUAUCCCUUAAAGUUCUCACCUAUAUGACACCACUCAAACCAUUUCUUGCAAUAGCUGCUGAAGUUAUUAUUUUAGUAGCUAUUAUUUUCCUGUAUGAGAUCUACUCCAAAAAGAAACAGAUGCAUGCAGAAGAUGAAAAAGAAUUUGAACAAAUUGAGCAACUUAAAUCAGAAGAUAGCAAUGGUGUAGAAAAUAGCACCACCAGGCACCGAAAAGUUUAAGUCAGUUCCUAAAGGAAGGAGAUUUUAAACCAACAAAAAGAAACUAUCAUUUGACCAUCACAAAACCACAGGAAGAUGUACAUGGCUAUGCAUUUCAAAUAUUUACAAUGCUUCUAAUUAGAGCUCAUUAGACUUGUAACAAAAAUAAUGAAGAUCUCCUAUUCUGCUUUUAAAAUAUAAACAUGAAACUGCCUCUUUGUCAAAUAGUUAUUCUAUAAAGACUAUAAUGUAUCCAGACAUUAUACAUAUGUACUCUCAAAUAUCUGUUGUUGUGUUUGUGUCUCCUUACUGGUAAAAGUCAAUCUUUAUGCUACUGAGACUUCCUGGCCUCAGUCCAAUUGGUUAAGAAGAUUAACUUGUAUAAUUUUUGCUUCCCUACAUUGGGCCUGAUCCUGCAUUCAUAGAUCAUCCAAUACUCUUAGUAACUACACAGUGUGAACAGAUGAUGCAAGAUCAGGACAACUAUAAGCUGACAGUAAAUUUUACAAUGUAAGUUCAGAUUCACAACAUCUUAGAGAAAAUAUUUUUUACUGGUAGACAGAGCAAAUACAACACACAAAAGCCAUUUUUUACACCAAAGAAAUAAUCAAAGGAGAAUCUUUAUCAUAUUUUUCAAACAAUAUUAAGAGUUUUAUCAUUUCCUAUGAAGAUUCUUAAAUCCAAAUUUGGUUAGCAUCAUUUGCUAUUAGGAAGAAAUAGAUGGUGAACUCUGGAAAUUUAAGAUGAUACACAUUGCCUUAAGAUUUCCUGUCCUAACACAGAACCAUUUUUUGUACAAAAAUGUGACAUUUUUUAC